UGACUGAAGUUUUGAAAAAUUGAUCUGUCAAGAAAACCAACAAACAUGAGUCAUGGUACAGAUCCGUCAUAUUUUUUUUAACCAAAACUCCUGACAGUAACCUAUAAAACCAUAUCAGAUCAAAACAAAGCAGAUGCCGAUAAAUUGACACUUGCUCCAUAGAAAUCUACCGAGUUGCUUCGUCUCACCGUAAUGGGUAAACUGCCUUACGCCUACACCGACUCGGACGAAGAAACAUCCAGCUCGGUGGAGAACGUCAAGAAGAAGAAGAAGCUUUCCAUACUGAAAUGUUCAACUGGGAACUUGAAGAAGAAGAAAUGUAAGUUCCACGCAAAGUCGGAGCCGGAUGACUCUGACUCCCGCAGCCGCAGCCGCAGUCACAGCAACCACCGCUUCGUGUAUAAGCUACACGGCAUACUGAAGAACGACAAGGAAAAAGAAUAUGUCUCCACGGAUGAUGACGAGGACGUCGACCUGCCCAGCGCCAUGAAGUCCCAGGACCGCUGCCUGGUGGGGCGGGUGCCGCGGCUGCCGGGGGCCAAGCCCGGCCGCGGUGGGGGCCUGGCCAUCGUCGUGAGGAAGAAUGUUAGCAACAUCCCCAUCCCAUCGCAAGACAGUUCAGCGAGCGACAAACGCCGGGCGAAACGGUUAGCAAGGAAAAAGUCUUAUUGAUACGAAAAACAUAUAAUUUUCUCCGAAAAAAAAUUAUGUCUCCGGAACUAAUGUGCCACUAAAUCUUGCAAUUUAUUUGUGAUAAGAACAAAAUAGCAGGAAAAUAAAGCUUAAGAAACUGAGA